UAAAUAUGUUUUUCUAUCAAAUAUAUUUACAAAAAAUGAAAAAGACAUCUAUCUAUUUUAUGUAAAAUCGAAUUACUGGCGGUGAUUCAGUUUCAAGUUUGAUGGGCGUUACAGUGCUAACGGCCUACCAACAGCUCCAAACCGGCAACAGACUAAUUAUAGCUGCAGGUUGCUCCGAUGCUUUCCGGAGUCGUCCCCUCUCGCAGAACUCCAACGAACCAACGGGUGGUAAACAUCCCCUCCUUUAUUCUUAUAUCAUCGAAGCGGAAGCGGAAGCGCGCGCGAGAAUUAUUCUCCAUCCGUCGUCUCUCCGAAACCUUCUCCGGUACAAAUUUGGAAACAAGCGUUCGGAUUGGGGUUUCUUGUGCGCCAGCCCUCCAGUCGUCGUCCCCAUGAUCGACCCGACCUCCUCGGUUCCUUGUUCCAACUACUGAACCUAGUCUUAGCAUGGGAGACGUGGAGGGGGAGAAGACCAACCCCGCGGCGAUGGCGGCCGGCGCAGGAAGAGAGGAGGGGGAGGAGCACGACGUGGCCGACCUGGUCGGGGAGCUGCUGGAGAUCAUCGACUCCGUUGGGUCAUUCGGGGAGUACCGGCGGACGCAGCGGAAGGAGUCCUUCAACCUGGUGCGGCGGAUGAAGCUGGUGGCGCCGCUGCUGGAGGAGUUGCAGGACCUCGAGUACCCUAUCCCCGACGCCGCCUACGCCCGGCUUUGUGGCCUGCUUAAGGCGUUCUCCGCUGCCAGGAAGUUGCUGAGGUGCUGCCACGACGGGAGCAAGAUCUAUCUGGCAUUGGAGAGCGAGGCGGUAAUGGGCAGGUUUCAUAUGGUAUAUGACAGAAUGAAUCAGGCAUUAGAGGGCAUGCCGUAUGAUGCGCUUGUUAUUUCGGAUGAAGUCAAAGAACAGGUUGAGUUGAUGAGUUUGCAACUAAGAAGAGCUAAGAGGAGAAUUGAUACUCAAGACAUGGAGCUUGCCAUGGAUUUGAUGGUUGUGCUCUCAAAAAGGGACGACAGGAACGCAGAUGGAGCCAUACUUGAAAGGCUAGCGAAAAAGUUGGAGUUGCAAACUCUACCAGAUUUAAGAGCUGAAACAAUGGCCAUCAAAAAGCUCAUCAAAGAAAGAUGUGGGGCAAAUGCAGACAGUACACAGCAGAUCAUGGAUCUGCUCAAUAAAUUUAAACGAGUUGCAGGAGUCGAAGAUUCUAAAGGGUUAAGCGACGUCACCUUGCCUAAAUACCUCGAGAAGUGUCCAUCGUUGAUGAUUCCAAAUGACUUCCUCUGUCCUGUAUCUCUGGAGAUCAUGUCGGAUCCUGUCAUUGUUGCAACAGGACAGACAUAUGAACGAAGAAGCAUACAGAAGUGGCUGGAUGCAGGUCAUCGAAAUUGCCCAAAGACUAGACAAACUUUGGCUCACCUCUCUUUAGCUCCAAACUAUGCUCUUCGUAACUUGAUCAUGCAGUGGUGUGAGAAGAACCAAGUUGAGCUGUUGAAAAGAGAUGCAGACCAGGACUCUCAUCAUUUAGAGCAAAAGGAAGAGAUCCCUUCAUUGGUGAGAGAUUUGUCCUCCAUUCAUCUUGAUGUGCAGCGGAAGGCAGUGAAGAAGAUCCGCAUGCUCUCCAAGGAGAAUCCCGAUAACAGGAUUUUGAUCGCGAAGCAUGGUGGAAUACCUGCUCUGGUCGGCCUGAUACCUUAUCCCGAUUCGAAGAUCCAAGAACACACUGUCACAGCUCUGUUGAACUUGUCGAUCGAUGAGAGGAACAAAAGAAUCAUAGCCAAAGAAGGAGCAAUUCCUGCUAUAAUUGAAAUCUUGAAGAGCGGCACGGUUGAGGCUAAAGAGAACUCGGCCACAGCCUUGUUCAGUUUGUCAAUGCUUGAAGAGAACAAGGUGCUGAUAGGGAACAUGAAUGGCAUUCCUCCAUUGGUGGAUCUUCUGCGGGAUGGGACCAUUAGGGGGAAGAAGGAUGCUGCCACUGCACUCUUUAAUCUGGUUCUGAACUAUGGGAACAAGGCUAGAGCUAUUGAUGCAGGAAUAGUGGCUCCUCUGCUUAAUGUACUGUGUGACAAGAACCUUGGCAUGGUGGAUGAAGCCCUCUCGAUCUUCCUUCUUCUGGCAUCACAUCCUGAUGGCCACACUGCCAUAGGGCAGCUUCCUUUCAUUGAAACCGUCGUGCAGCUGAUAAAAGAAGGCACCCCCAAGAACAAGGAAUGUGCACUCUCCGUACUUCUUGAAUUGGGUACUCAUAAUUCUUCUUUGGUCUCAGCUGCGCUACGGUUGGGGGUGUAUGAGCAUGUCUGUGAGGUAGAGAAAAGUGGAACUAAUCGAGCAAAGAGGAAGGCGAAGUCCCUUUUUCCGCUUAUAAACAAGUGCAAGGAGGGUUAG